AUGAAUGAAUACGCCGUUUUCAUCGUACACGAACAGGAACAACCGGAAGUACCGGCACUUACAUCGCAAGCCAUCCGUUCCUUCCUGGCCAAUACCAAGGGCAUAUCGAUAUACGACUACUACAUAGUCUACAAUCGAGAGCAUGUCAUCUUCACCGACAACGAUGAACUAUGCUCCGCCAUGAAGCAGGGUGUCACCAUCCUCCUGGACUUCACCUGGACCGACACCAACCGGAUCAUGACCGCCGCGGACAACUUCAACAUCCCGUACAUUCACGCCGACGUGUCGACGCAAACGUUCCUGAAAGUGAUGGAAAACUAUCUCCGGGCACGCGGUGCCAACGACGUGGUCUACAUAUUCGAUUCGACAGCAGCGGCCGAUACGGCCAUCUACUUCCUGAUCACCGAGUCCCAACUGCGAACGAUCAUAUUCGAGCGCCUUAGUGAUACGUCGAUCGAAAGAAUCAAGGCCGUCCGUCCGUAUCCGUCGUUCUUCUCGAUCAUCGCUAAAACGGCCGAUAUGAAUGACUUGUUCAAGAAGGCACUUGCCAGUGGACUGGUUAUGAAACCGGAUAAAUGGAAUUUGCUCUUCUUGGAACCGGACACGGAUGGAUUUGAGUAUCACGAUUCGUAUUCGACCAUGAGUCGGCUUAUAUUGGAUAAGAGUACAUGUUGUAAGCUGUUGAACUUGGAUGGCGAUUGUGCAUGUCCCGCUGGAUUCAAACCAUGGGAAGUUCACUUGGGUAACGUUGUGACAAAGGUUUUGGAAAAGGUCCAACAGAAUCAGUUGCCGUUGACAAGUCAGGAAGAUUGUAGCGCUGUUGAAGCAAGUGGAUCCAACAAUAUUUCAGACAUUAUGAGGGAUCUUCGGAAGGACGACCGUUUCUGGAUGCCUGAUGGAAGUCGAAUGUUGCGUUACAAUCUGAACGUGUCAAUAUGGACGUCAACGGAGGAUGACAGCUCUGCCGCUAUCCAGCUGGGGGCCAUUGAGAAAGGUGCGGUAGUCCCCUUCGAUGGACAGAAAAUCAAACCAACCAAGCGGUACUUUCGUGUUGGAACUACCGAGUCAAUCCCGUGGGCUUACCGAAAACGUGAUACACUUACCAAUGAGAUAGUUUUAAACGAUAAAGGGGAACCUAUCUGGGAAGGAUAUUGUAUAGACUUCCUGCAUCAGAUGUCCAAGGUGAUGAGCUUCGACUACGAUCUGGUAUCGCCGCAGAAGGGAGGCUUCGGCAAGAGGAACAAGGCAGGUAACUGGGAUGGUUUGAUAGGCGAUCUGGUGGUCGGCGAGAUCGAUUUCACUAUGGCUUCGAUGAAGAUGACCGCCGAAAGAGAAGAGGUCGUUGACUUCGUAGCUCCCUAUUUCGAACAGACCGGCAUACUGAUAGUGAUGAGGAAGCCUGUUCGUGAAACGUCACUGUUCAAGUUCAUGACCGUGUUGCGGCUUGAAGUAUGGUUGAGUAUUCUGCUGGCGAUCGUUGCGACGGCCGUCAUGCUGUGGCUACUGGACAAAUUCUCACCGUACAGCGCUAAGAACAACAAGCAAGCCUAUCCAUACGACUGUCGAGACUUCACCUUGAAGGAAAGCUUCUGGUUCGCUCUGACUUCGUUUACACCGCAAGGUGGUGGUGAAGCACCGAAGGCCCUUUCCGCCCGUACCCUGGUGGCCGCUUAUUGGUUGUUUGUCGUACUGAUGCUGGCUACGUUUACUGCCAAUCUUGCUGCAUUCCUCACCGUUGAACGUAUGCAAACUCCGGUUCAAUCUCUGGAACAGUUGUCCCGUCAAAGUCGUAUCAAAUACACGGUCGUGAAGAAUUCCGACACUCACGAUUACUUCAAGAACAUGAAAAAUGCUGAAGACGUACUUUACCAGAUGUGGCGCAAUCUAACCCUAUCUAGCGGAAACGAUCAGGCUCAGUACCGCGUCUGGGACUACCCGAUCAAGGAACAGUACAUAAACAUUCUGGCGGCGAUCGAGUCGGCUAAUCCGGUCGACUCAGCCGACGUUGGCUUUCAGCGGGUCAACGAAGGAUUGGAAGCGGACUUUGCCUUUGUUCAUGACUCGGCGGAGAUUAAGUACGAGAUCUCGCUGAACUGCAAUCUCACCGAAGUGGGAGAAGUGUUUGCCGAACAGCCGUAUGCUAUUGCGGUUCAGCAGGGAAGUCACCUGCAGGAUGAGUUGAGUUACUACAUUUUGGAGCUGCAGAAGGAACGGUACUUUGAAUCGUUGACAGCAAAGUUCUGGAACAAUUCGGUGCGCGGAGUUUGUCCAAAUACGGACGACAGCGAGGGAAUUACGUUGGAAAGUUUAGGCGGUGUGUUCAUAGCGACGCUGGUGGGGUUGGCACUGGCCAUGGUUACUCUGGCCGGUGAGGUGCUGUACUAUCGCCGGAAGGACAGGAAGGGCAAGAUGGUCCAGGUUGAGCCGGCGAAUGAGGGAAGACAAACGAAGGGACGGGAUAAGCAGGCGCUAACAUUUAAGAACUUGCUCAAUACUGCCGAUGUUAAGAACAACUUGAACAAGAUUGUGGAGAAGAAGAUUCCCAAGGUGAUUACAAUCGGCAAUAAGUUUGUGCCGGCAUCGGAGAAGCAGCAGAAGAUAAGCUAUAUAUCGGUGUUCCCAAAGAAUCCGAUCAAUUAGAUUUGGUUCGGAGGGUUGGAGUUUUUGGACGAAUUGUGGAAUUUCAUGUUGUAUUGGGGUAUUGGUAUUAGUACUUAUAGAUUUGCUAAAUUAAUUAACACAGCUGUUUCACGUACAAUAUUGAAUAUGAAGUUAAGAGCAAGUUUCAAAAAUAGCAAUAGUAAAAGCUGGUAGUAUUUUUGUGUAAUGUGCGUUCAGACUACGAUUUAGUAUUUUCUUAACAUUGAUAGCACUUAAU